ACGUCAAGACCAUCGGUCAAUUGACGUGAAUCGGUUACCGGACAAAGCAGAUGAGGUGAGGUCUAUUCACGGUAAUUCACGUAGUAACGUAAAAGCCAUCAUUAUUGGGGUUGGGGGAAGAAUCCGGCAUUGACGACGGUGACGGGGAAUUUGCCGUCAAUAAGGAUUGGACAAGGCAGGGCAAGUGGUUGAGGGAAGGGGAAAGAAUGUGGGGUUUGCUUGUUUAUAUUGAAUGUUGUGAUAUUUAGUACAACACCUGCACUGUGGGGUGUCGCUGUUGCUUUCAGAGAUCUUGAUGUGGGGGAGUGUAUACACAUUGCGUAUAUACCUAGUGGAGGAAAGGGAAGGGGAAGGGGAAGGGGAAUGGAAUUGAUGCUUUUGUUUCUUUUUGUUUGAUGGUGGGUAGUGCUGGGGGCGCUGAAGCUUGUGGGCUUGUGGGUCCUGAAUGCUGUGAUGAGACGAUGAUGAUGGAAUACUUUUGACUGGAAUGCAAUGGAGUACAUUGGAAUGAACCAAUUUCUAUAAAACUGACGCUUCAAUCCCACUCACAGAUGCCCAUUUGGGAGCUCCAGGGGAUUGAUUUGUGAGGGCAUUUAGGUUUUAGGAAUGAGCUCCAUCAAAUGGGUGUCUGUUAGAGCUAGCAUUGCGGAAACGCUUAGUUUGCAUAAUAGGUCCCCUGUUGUUGCAUCUCAGAUGCCAUCUUUUAAGAUAUCAGGCUGGGAAAAGGAAGGAGAGGAGGAAAAGAAGAUUGGUUUUACGGAUUUGGGUUGUGAUCAGAAAGUACAAGAAAAGAAAGAUGGUGCUUCAUUGAAGCAAAUGAUUGAAGAGCUGGAUUGCUCUGAUGUGCCUUCUGUGUUUAUUUGUCCUAUUUCUCUGGAACCUAUGCAGGAUCCUGUUACGCUGUGUACUGGUCAGACCUAUGAGAGAUCCAAUAUCUUGAGAUGGUUUUCAAUAGGGCAAUACAUUUGCCCCACAACAAUGCAAGAGCUCUGGGACGUUUCCCUCACUCCCAAUAGGACCUUGUUUCAUCUUAUCUAUAAGUGGUUUUCACACAGAUUUUUGCUGCAAAAGAAGCAGGCGGAAAAUGUUCAAGGGAGAGUUAAAGAGCUUCUGGAGAAGCUUGAGAAGGCUAAAGGGCAACCAAGAAUUAAGGCUCUUUGUGCUCUCAGGCAGAUAUGCCAAACGGAGGAAUCAGCCAGGAGAACGGUACUGGAUGGAGCAGGGGUGGCACUAUUAUCAUCUCUGUUGGGUCCGUUCACUUCACAUGCAGUUGGGGCUGAAUGCAUUGGUAUUCUUGUGAAUCUGCCAUUGGAUUCUGAAAGCAAAAUUAGUCUCGCAGAACCUGCUAAAAUCUCCCUCAUGGUAGACCUUCUUCAUGAGGGCACCAUAGAGACAAAGAUAAAUUCUGUCAAGCUCAUAGAAACUCUGAUGGAUAUAGAAGAUUUGAGGUCUGAAAAUGUUUCAAGUUUUAGGCUUUUGUUUGGUCUGUUGAGGCUUCUAAAGGACAAAAGAUAUCCAAAAGGUAUGGCAGCUGGGCUUGGUUUAUUAAACAUUAUUUGUUCUUGCAAGCAAGUGAGGAAUCAAGUAGUCAGCAUUGGAUUAGUUGUACACUUGGUUGAGCUUCUCCCUUGUGCAACUACCAGCUGUUUAGAAACUGCUCUGGCCAUUCUGGACGUUCUUUCUACCACUCCGGAAGGGAGGGCUGCUCUAAAGGAUUGUUCUUCUACCAUCCCCAAUAUAGUUCGGAUUUUGAUGCGAGUUUCUGAAGACUGUACACAACAUGCCCUUUCAAUUUUGUGGACGGUAUGUAAAUUGGCACCUGAAGAGUGUACUUCAACUGCGGUAGAGGCAGGGAUUGCACCCAAAUUGCUUCUUGUUAUACAAAGUAGUUGCAACCCUGUUGUAAAACAAAGAUCUGCAGAACUACUGAAGCUUUGUAGUCUGAAUUACACGGCCACAAUCUUCAUCUCUAAAUGUAAGCUCACUCGAACAAUUCAAUAGAUUUUAUGCAUGGAAGUGCAUGGGUUAUGCUUACUAUGGGGAGUUUAAAUGCCUUAUACUUUAGAAGAAUGAAAGGUUUGGCUUUAAGCCGUUCUUCCAGUGCAGCCCAUUCUGCUGUUAUCAACCUAGUCAUUCGAUUAUCUGCUGUAUGUCUUCUGCAUGCAGAUACUAAAUAUACAAAUACGGAGGAAAUGUCUGAGGUUCGAAAUAAUUGGGCUUCUGCGUGGCCUUACAAAAUCAAUUGUACUGGUUUUUUCCCCUGCCACACAGUUCGCAUGGACAACGGGUUCCUUCCGGCUUCAGAACUAUGUACAUGAAGAGCAAAAUGUUGUUCCAGAGCAACUUCUUUUAUUAAUAUUUGGUUGCAAUUGUCUUUUGCCUUUGCCAAUGCCUUUGCCUUGGCAACUUGCUCAUACUCAUUGGAGCUGUAUGAUCUUUUCCGGUUUGAACUGGUGUGAGUAAUGUAAUUUUCCUCUGUAAAAAGAAAGAAACUGUAUACGGUCAUGCAUGAUAGUGAUGGGAACAUCAUACAUGUUGAAGCAAUAUUAAUUCAUAUGCUGCACCCUGGACAGUUUUGCUUCUAUCAUAUACAGAGCUUAUGAUUUUGUUAAGGUUGGAUCACUCGUGGUAUAUUGUUUUCUCAUGGAUCUGCUUCUUGUAGAUUUAUAAAGAUAAUCUAUUGAAAAGUGUUUAUCAAUCACACUAACUUUGUGUGCAUUCUAUAGAAUUUGUUGGUUGCAAGCA